UUGCAAAAUUGUUCACAUUUAAGAGGAGGUCUUACAAGGGUGCAGGAUAUUACUUACACAGAAGCAGACUGCAAGAGUACCAAGAGCUAACUGGAUUUCUUCCAAGGAUGUCCACGAUUACUUCAGUUGAUAUGAAUGGCCUUACAGUCAAUCGAGAACUUCCACAACAAAGGGCUGGAGCAGGAACCGCUAAUGACAACAUGACCACAGUUCAGUCUUUUCCUCAUCUGGAAUUUUUUCAUAAAACACAUUCAGUGGCCCUUGGGACUGUCCAGAUCAUGACUGGUAUUGUGAUUGUGUUACUAGGCAUUGUCAUAGAAUUUCAUGCAUACACUAUAGCUGGUGACGUCACCCAGAUUGUGUACUGGGGACCCCUUAUUUUUAUUGUAACAGGCUCUUUAACCAUUGCUGCAGAGAACAAACUCAGUCCCUGUCUGGUGAAAGGUUUUCUUGGAAUGAAUGUGAUCAGUGCAAUAACUGCGGGAAUCGGCAUCUUUUUACUGAUGGUAGAUGUUUUCAUUGGCACAUUACGGAUGAAUGAUUUUGAAUACGAUCAUUAUAACUCAUCGGCAUCUCAAGACUGGGGCUCUAAAGAUUGUGCAUUUUGGUUAUACCUCCCUGGGAUUAAUGGUGUGUUGUUGGUGUUCUUCCUCCUUGAGUUUAUAAUUUCCAUCUGUCUGUCUGCAUUUGCAUGCAAAACCAUCACCUACUGUGACCUUUCAGCAGUUGUUACUUUAACUCCAAAUGAACAAUCCUUUUCUGAGCCUGUUCCUGUCACCAUUUCCAGUGUCACAGAGGAUUAUGUUAAUAUGAAUGUGAUGACGUCUAGAGUGGUCAGUAGACAAAGCGAUCCCCUUCCAACACCAAGAACUAAUACGAUUGGCCAAAACAAUGAGAAUCAUUAUGAACAACCAAAAGACAAUUACAUGCUCACAAUACAAUAAAUACAGUUACACAAUGCAAUUACAUAUACACAACAGACACUAUAUUAUGUAUCAAUUCUAUGAUCAUAUAAUCUACAUAAUUUAGAGGCAUUUUCCCAGACAGGGUUUAAAUUAAUUCAGGACUAGGCCUUAGUUAUAUUAGGAUAUUUAAGUAGUCGUUACAAAAAAAAAUACAAAAACAAUAAUGUGUGCAUCUUGAGAAAAAAAAUGAUAGAACUGAUGUGAAGAAAUGUCAGUGCAAGACAUUUUCAAAUAAAGGCACAUCAAACAUGCACUUUAGUCUUGGACUAAGAUAAGCCCUGUCUGGGAAACUCUCUCUCUCUCUCUCUCUCUCUCUCUCUCUCUCUCUCUCUCUCUCUCUCUCUCUCUCUCUCUCUCAGUACAGUAUACAACCUAGUAAAAUCUAUUUAACAUUAUAACGCUGAUGUUCCCAGAAUGCAUUGGUCAUAUAUAACAUGUAAUAAGAGUUUUAUGUACACUGUUGUUAUUGUUCAUUUUUGUGUAGUGACAUGUUGUUUGAUUUAUAUCAAAGAGUAUAGAAGCCCAAGAGGCGAAACUCUGUUGUGUUAUGGGUAACAGUCUGUAGAUGGCGCUGCGGAGCCACGGCCACCAUUAUGGACUGUAGCUGCUGAAAUCGUUAGCGCGCCUCACAACUGUGAAGAUGAGCAAGUGGUUAAAACGCAAGCAGUGUUCUGCAAUAAAUUGCAAAAAAUAUCAGUCCACCAGAAACUUGUUAAUAUUUUUGUGAUAUUCUAUGUAAAAGAUGAACUCUUAAGAAAUGUUCAUUUAUAAUUUUAUUUAUUUAUUUUUCCAAAUCAUAUAUGGUGAUGUUCACUCAUUUCAAAAUCAACAUUUGAAUAAAUAUCUUAUUACUGUGUGUCUGCCUAUAUAUUAUUUCAUGAAUUUGCAUAAUAUAACAUAAAUAUUGAUAGAUUAAAGGUUUGCAGUAAUUUUAUAAUUGUAUCUUUGCAAACCAUAAGUGGUAGGCUAAUGAAGCCGAUUCGGUGGGGGACAUACCCUUACGAAAAAGAAUCUUAUAGUAUUUUUGGACAAAAUAGUAUAGUAAUCUUAUAGGAAUACUAUAGUAAUUUGGGACAUACUAUAGAAGUACGAUAAGACUACUAUAGAAAUACUAUAGCAGCUUUAAAAUAUUAUAGAGGUAUUAGAACAUCACAGAAGUAUGUUAUGUUCUGUAAUACCUCUAUAAUAUCCUACAGCCGCUAUAGUAUUUCUAUAGUAGUCUUAUCGUACUUUUAUAGUAAUAUUUUGUCCCAAAAUACUAUUUUCCUAAGGAUAAUUAGGCCAUGCAUAACCACGUUGUUUUCGUAUUUAGAUAUGACGACCAGAAAAAAAAAAGUUAUGCCAAGUUUUUGUUAUGUUAAGUUGGUUCAGUGCCAUUGACUCUCAUUAUUUUUCGGCGUUUUCCUUCAGUUUUCAGUCCAUAAUGGCGGCCGCGCCGUCACGUCAUGGGGGCAACUGUUGCUAUGGAGCGUUCUAUUGAGUUUCGCCUCUUGGGCUUCUAUACUCUUUGUUUAUAUUCUAUUCAAAAUUACUCACUUAUACUUUAUAAGUGUAUAUUUGAUUAGUAAAAUUUUCUGUGUGCAAAAAAAUAAACUUUAAAAAU